ACCAUUACUAGGUGAAGAGGCGGGGGAAGGUAGAGGGGCUGCAAGCAUUGCCAAGCGCACAUGAACGUUCGUUCGUUCGUCAGGCAUGUUUCGAACACUAAACAUGCUGCGAGUAGCUGCCGAUACAGUCGUCGGAAUUCGUGCUCUCUCGUAAGUUGUGCGAGUGCUGGCGAGUGCUUCCAAAACAAAUCCUCGAAUAUAAAAAAAACGAAUCUGUGCCUUACUUCAACAAGUACCGAAUUGUGCCCCAACGGACAACUUUUCCAUCAGUGACAAGUGAAAGCGUGUUUCAAUAUUUUAAAUACAGUGAGAAUUGAGAAAACGAAAACUUUAACAAGUUGCGAUAGACAUGAAAAUGUUGUAUAAUGUUUCUCUAUCCAAUACAGUGAGUCGAAUAUUUGUCAAGGAUAAGAUCAGAUAAAGAAUUUAAUGACAAGUGCCUCAGUAGUGUUUGUGUCCCGAAAAAUAAUAAAUAGUGAAAUGAUCGCUUAUUCAAUUAACAUGAAGGACACUUGAGUGAGAGAGAAAGAGAGAGAAACAACAUGAAAUGAAGUUUUCGGAGAAUAGGUGCAAUUGAGUUUUGAUAAGUGUUGGAAAGUGUAUAUGGUUUUGAUGAAAAAGUGCCAUUGGUUAAUUUGUGUUGAUUUUACGUGAGUUUCAUGUAUCAUGUUAACGGUGGAAUUCCGCUUGAGAGGAAUCUGAAGGCGGGGACUCUGACGUCACUCCUCUCAUGAUAAUGAGAGUGCAGUGAAAUAUGCCAAGGAGACGGAAUGGGGAGAUACCACUUCCGGAAGGGUGGGAUGUCGCUCAAGACUUCGAUGGGAAAGUGUACUUCAUUGACCACAAUACAAGGAAAACAACGUGGAUCGAUCCUAGAGAUAGAUUCACGAAACCUCAAACAUUUGCAGACUGCAUUGGUAAUGAACUUCCAUUGGGUUGGGAGGAGGCCUAUGACAAACAUGUUGGUGCCUACUACAUUAAUCAUGUCAACCAAACCACACAGCUCGAAGAUCCUAGGCAAGAAUGGCGUGCCAUUCAAGAAGCCAUGCUUCGAGAGUACCUGCAAACAGCUCAGGAUGUACUCGAGGCGAAGAAGGAAAUAUAUGAUGUUAAACAGCAAAGGUUGUGUCUUGCACAGGACGAAUACAAUCACCUAAACAAUGCCUUAACGACACUCGGUGCUUCUAGGACCAGUUUGUGUUCUAGUUCAAGUUCAUUGAGCACCAAAUAUGAUCCAGAUCUACUUAAAUCUGACGUGGCGCUCGCCAGGAGUCGAGUUUCACGAUUGAAAAGAGAAUUGGAGCAAAUUCGCGCGGAGAUGAAUUGCACUCAACGGGGAGUGGACACUCUGGCAAGUGUGGAACAAAAGCUAAAUACUCAUAAUGGUGGUUGUUACAAUAUUACGGAAGCGCAGGCAAUUAUGUCCGAAUUGAGGAACAUCCAAAAGUCCCUGAUAUCCGGGGAGAAGGAGAAGGCCGAACUGAUGCAGUCGCUGGCGCAAUUGAAGGACGAAUUGACGAGGCUGCAGCUGUGUGAGGGCAGUCCCGACGCCAGCACGCUGAGUCUGCCGCAGGAGAAGCUGAGCACUGCCUCGCAGACGGACCUGUCGGGCGAAAUCGUGCCCAUCGGCACGAGACUCGCCGAGAUGGCGCGCAUGCGGCUGCAGUACGACGAGGCGCGCAAGCGGAUCCAGCACAUCCAGCAGCAGCUGGCCGACCUGGAGGAGAAGGUCACUCCGGGCCAGACGGAGAGCGACAAGGACAAGCUGCUCUUGUUCCAGGAGAAGGAGCAACUGCUUCGGGAGCUGAGAAGUAUUACCUCCCGAUCGAGGAGUCAGCAGGAUAUGAAGAAGAUCCAGACGGAGAUCAAGCGCCUGGAGCAGGACCUGAACAACGCUCUCGAGUUGUCGAACAAGACGAUCACGGACCGCGUGCGACUCCACGAGGAGAAGAAUCUGCUGCUGCAGCAGCUGAGGGACGCGCUGCGCUCCAUGACGAUGCUGGAGGGCCAGCUGAAGACGCUGAGCGCGAGCACGCUGUCGGUGAGCAGCAGCUCGAGCCUGGGCAGCCUCAGCACCACCAGCAGCAAGGGCUCGCUCAGCUCCGGCCUCAGCUUCACCGACAUCUACGGCGGGCCGCAGUGUCUGGGCUCCGUGCCGCAGGAGCGACCGGUCGACAUGGUGGACCUGCACCGGCGCGUGGAGCGACUCCUCAAGGGGUCGGAGCAGAAUCUCAGCACCCCGUCGCCGGGCAGGUCGCAGCCGAGCCUCUCGCCCAGGUCUAGUCUCUCGAGCGUCAGUCCGCCCGUGUCUCCGCUCUACGAGAACGCGCCGGUCGGGCCGCCGCCGGCCUACGAGCAGAUCGAGCUGCAGCGCAAGCAGCAGCAGCGGCUCAUCGGCUUCUCCCCCACGACGCAGCAGUUCGACCGGAACCAGCUGGAGGACAAGCUCGCGGAGCUGCGCAUGAGUCAGCAGAGCAUUCAGGAGCAGCUCUCGCUCAACUCGGCGAAUGCGGAGCACCUCAAGGUCAGCACGCAGCCCUACAUGGAGAUGCAGUCGGGCAACAUGUCGCAAGGAAGCGGCCUGGGAAGGCCGGCGCUGACCCAGGAUCCCCCGCUGUCGCCGAUCAGCGAGACGCCGCCGCCCAUUGGCAUCAGGUCCAGGGCCAGUAGUUCUGGCACGAAUACGAGGUCCGUCUCUGCAGCAGUUUCCGACGAAAGCGUUGCCGGAGAUUCUGGUGUAUUCGAGGCCUCCAAUCGCAGGAGAAUGUCAGGAUUGCUCGGCGUUGAUGCCCUGAGUCUUGGCGAUACUAAUCUAGAAACUGCUCAAGUGCAAAUUAAACUUAGGUAUUCCGUUAGUGAUGGUCUUCUUCACAUUGGUAUCGAGCGUGCAAGAAAUUUAGCAGCUCUAUUCAUCCCUGAAAAUUCACAAGUAUAUAUCAAAGCAGCGUUACUUCCGAUGCAGUCGUCUUUGAAUCACAUGUGCUAUACGAAACCGGUUAGUGAUUUGCGAAAGCCGACUUUCGGAGAAACGUUCCCUAUCUCUGUACCGCUAAAUAAACUCUACACGAAAACAUUGCAAGUUAAUGUUUGGUGCACUGGAGGAGAAUCAGAUGAGUGUUUGGGAUCAGCUCAAGUCUCCCUAGCUGAUUUCAGUCCCGAUAUGCUCAGUGUGAAGUGGUACAACAUACUCUCAUUCCACUUUAUGCAACCUUCUACCGCAGAUUGCAUGAAUGUCAGUACCAGCAGUAGCGUCUUUCCCGGCUUCAAGCAGGGGAAGCACGACAAGCAGGAAUCUGAUUUGUCCAUGUACCGUGGAAUGCAAUCGCAGAACACAAAAGAAGAAAGCAGCGACGAAAGCACUAUUAUCAGUUCUCAGACUUCGACUCUGACGAGGAACCAAGGCUGCAAUGAAUUGCAGACUGCAGUUUCUCUGAAACUGGAGGAGUUGACCAACUGCCUGAAAACUCAGGACGAGGAAGACGAGGUUGAGAAUAGUGACGAGGGUAGUAGCAGUAGUGAAAGUGGGAGCGAGAACAGCGACGAGGAGGGAAUCAUGGUCGAAUUUAUGGAAGAGAACGUGCUUGAAGAUGUGCUCGAACAUGAGGAGGAGAAUGAGGAACAUCUCGAUGAAUUUAAUCAGACCCUGGACAAGGAAACUAAUACGGAAUGUAUUUUCAUUCCGGAACAGGGGAAACAGAGGAAACUUUCAGCUGCUGGGGUAGUGCCCGGUGUUAUUCACGGAGAUAAAAAUUCUAUCGUCAUCAAGAGGAGUCAAACUUUUUCCCCUAGCGCAGCAGUGAACAGAAAUCAUUACAUUUGUCGACUGAAUCGUAGUGACAGUGACAGCAGUAUGCCACUGUACAGGAGAGGCGGUCCCUUCCAACGAAAUUCCGUCGAACGAAGAUCGUUACGAUGGCGUCGAUCCACGUCUGCCUUUAGUUGUAAGUCUGCAUCGAAAAAGUCAACUCAUUUACCUCCGGCUGUGAGAACAUCGUUGGAUCUUGAACUCGAUCUUCAAGCGCAGAAUGCAAGAUUGAACAAUCUUCAGGACGAACUCAAUAGACUUAGGAGCAUAAAACAGAGAUUGGAGCAGGCUCGCGAGAAAGGAGACACCGACCUGGUCUCCUGGCUACUGGAGGAUCAAAAAUUUCAAAUGCUAAUGGAACAAGCUGAGAGUGGACGGAAUGGUAAAAAUGCCGAGGAGAGGAAGGUUGAGAAAAUGUUUAAAAAGACUUCAAAAGAAAUUUACAAAUUGAGGAAAACAAAAGCUGGAAAUGGAAAACCUGACAUAAUAUCUUUCAAAGAAAAGAUGGCAUUUUUCACUCGCGUGAACCUAAAAGUACCUGUAUUUUCUCCUGACGAUAUUCCGAAUGAAAGUAUUGCAGUGUUUCCAACUCUACCGGCGAUAACACACAGAAGACACGCAUCCGAACCAAUAAGUAAUCAAUCAUCAAUCGUAGGCAUAGGAAAAGUUGACAUUCAAUGUAGUACGCAAAAUUGUUUAUCGUCAAAUAAUCCAAAAACAAUUAGCACAGUUACAACAUCGACGACGAAAAACAUUAGUAUUAUAGCGAUUGCAAAAGACAAAGCAUGUACACCGGUUCCGGAGUCGGAGAGCGAUCCAGAUCCAAGCGACAAGAAUCCCGAGAAUCCCGAGAAUUCCGAAGAAUUGUCAGGCGACGAGCCUAAGCGUUACGAAUAUGUUGUCGACAGAGUUCUAGGCGUCGAGGUUUGAAAAGUAAAAGUUCCAAGACUAGUCUUCUAACGAUAUUUGAGAUUUAGACAAUGUUUUUACUGGCGAUUAUUUCGAAUAUAAGUAGAAUGUAAUAACGAUAGCUCAGGGGUAAAGUGGGAUGCUGCUUACAGUUUAAAAAGUGUGGUGCUACUGAUUUAACAAAAAGUUUAUACGCAUAUAAUCUUUUUUUUUAAACAAUGGCAAAAUGUACUUUCAAAAGCAUUAAUUUAUAAAUUUUAUAAAUUUCAAAUUAGGUGCCAUGCAAGUAAGUCUUAAAGGCAAUCAAAAUUUUCACUCAACAAAGUAUGCAUGAAAAAAGUAAAUCUUGUAUUCGGUGUCGAUGGUUCAAAAGGUGAAAGAGCUUAAGCUUCAAAAUGUUUUUUUUAAGUUUGUACAAAAGCAUGAAUACAUAUUAAUAUAUAAGUAUGAUUCGAAAAUGAACUUGUAGAUAAUGUAUGUGUCUGUUAAAUGAGCGCCUGCUUAAAUAAUUAUUUAAUAAGGAACAAUCGUAUUCGUAUUUUUAAACGCGUUCUCUGUAACAACUCAUUUGAUAAUAAUUAUUACAGGAGGAAUAUUAAUGAAAUUUGUAAAAUAGAUUUGUUGUGUACAGAAUAGGAUACUUAUAGAAAGCACACUAUUUUCAGUUAGCUAAAUAUUUAAUAAAAUUCAUUGAAAUUGUAGUUUUAAUUUUCAUAUACGUAUCAAAAUUUAAGCAUAUUUUUUAUACUUUUACUUCGUGAGGUGAGGGUCAAUGAGAGCAGCUGGUCUGCAGAAUCUCCCUCGCUGAAAACUGAAUUAAUAUUUUCAACAAUCAAUUUCUAACAAUCAAUUUCUAUGCAACAAUGACUUUUUACUAAAUAAUAAUAAUAAUAUUAUAUUAAUAAUGAUAAUAAUAAUAAUAAUAAUGUAAAUAAAUUAUUUAAAUAUAUUCGCGACUACGUGCCUUUAAAUUAAAAGAAAAUGAUUGUUCAUACUGUAAAGUGGAAAAAAUUGAAAGCAACUAGAAAGCAAAUUAGGGAUUUAUUAUUUAUAAUCGAUAAUCGAUAAACGAUAAAUAAAAUACCAUUCUGUAUAUGGAGAAUACGUCCACUAACGCUGUUGUAGAUUAACAGUAGCAUUUUUCCCAUUACGAUAGUAAUCAUAAAAGUUUUUAUUUCCUUAAAUGUAAUAUUAAAUGUCUACUCAUUACGAACUACGAACAAUAAUCACUGAUUAAAUAUGUAAAAGGAAAUUAUUGCAGCGCAGCAUUAAAAAAAGUGCCUUAAAAAUGUGACUUCCAAAGGAUGUAUUAUAUGUAGAUAUGAAGUAAAUUUAAUUAAUAAACCCUAGAAUUGCAUACAUUUUUUCAAAUACAACAUGGCCUUCAUUGCUCGCGAUAUGUUGUCAUCGCCCUUCGCAUUCUGUAUAAAUAAUAAACAUUAAUGACUGUCUUUUAA